CAUCUACCCAUAGAGCUGUGUGAUGGGGGGGGCUUGGUGGAGCGACUAGCGGCCAGUGCUACUUACUGCGAACGGGAAGUGGCGUGGCUUGUACGACAGCUGCUGGCUGCAGUACAGCAUCUGCACGACAACGCAAUCAUACACAUGGACAUCAAGCCGGAGAACUUAGUCUUUGCCAGCAGGCGCGACGACUCGUGCGUGAAGCUCAUCGACUUUUCUUUGGCGUCCUUCUUCUACAGCCCCACUGACCCGGGGGGCACACCGGACUUUGUCGCGCCGGAGCUGCUCACCCGGCCAGAACACUACGCCAAGAACGGCUGUGGGCCCGAAGUGGAUAUGUGGGCCGUAGGGGUGAUGAUCUUCUUCCUGCUCAGCGGCCAGACUCCCUUUCAAGCUCCCACCUUGGAGGCGGUGUUGCAGCGCGUGAAGACGGGCGAGUGGGCCUUCCACGGACGCAGAUGGGCGCUAGUGAGCGAGGGCGCACGUGACCUGGUGUCAUCGUUGCUGAAGCCGGACCCCGCUCAGCGCCUCAGUGCCGCGGAGGCCCUGGAGCACCCCUGGCUG